AUGACCGAUCAAACAAAACCAAGGGGGAUUCUCAGAAACAGAACAGAACACCCAAACAUUUUGCCCGGGGCCGAAACACCCGAUAACGCCGUGAUUGAGAGUGGUGACGCCCCAAAGUUUGACCGACACGCGGUACUUCUCAACACAAAAGCAAAUGCCCAGAUUCACGCGGUCGGGAAUGCCAUCAUCAAGAAGCACCAAAACGAACUUGCAGAAGAGCUCACCAAAAAGGGGAAGCCUGUACCCGCAUCUCUGAAUGCCACCACCGCUCCAACAGAUGCAACUGCUGGGUCUGCAAUUGCAGGUUCCACUGAAAAUGGCGAGGAUGGACACUUACCAGAACACUUGAAGUGGGAUGAGGUUAAUCUGUAUUUGACGGAGCAAGAGAAGAAUGCAACAAUGAAGAUCACGGAGCCAAAGACACCAUACCAGAGCCAUGCCGGAUCGACCGAGUAUUAUAAGGAAGAUGAUGAUGAUCUUUUGGACGGAGAGGAAGGUUUAAUUUUGGGAGAGCCUGAGCUGCCUGUGCAAAGCGAUGCGACUAUAGAAAAUGACCGAAUUGUCAAGGACGAGUCUGUGGUGAAUGAGCCUGAAGAAGAAGAGGAAGAAGAGACUCCAGAAGAGAAACACAAGCGAUUUGAAGAGCUUCGUAAAAAGCAUUACUUUAUGAAGGGGGCAGUUCUGCAUCAUCCCAAUGCUGCUGAUGAAGAAGACAAAGAUGAUGACGACAACUAA